CAUUGCGAGUACUAGCAACCAUGAUGGGUGAAAUGAAUGGAAGACGCUGUUGAUGGUUUUCAAACUGGGAAUAAACUUAUUAUUGUCGUUAUUAUGUUAGUUCCACUGGGAAUAUCAAACAUAACAUGACGCGUCCCUGAAACUGAACUCUGGUGAAACGGUCCGAGUUGUGUCAUGGCGUUCCCUGAGCCCAGACCUCAGCUUCCUCAGCUUCCUCAACAUCUGCUCAAGACCCUAGACUGCCAGCAGGGAGCUGUCAGGGCUGUUCGCUUCAACGCUGAUGGGAACUACCUGCUGUCCUGUGGCAGUGACAAAUCUCUAAAGCUGUGGAGUGCGAGCCGAGGGACCCUGCUGAAGACAUACAGCGGCCACGGAUACGAGGUCCUGGAUGCCGAUGGUUCCUAUGACAACAGCCAGCUGUGCUCCUGCAGCUCUGAUAAGACGGUGAUCCUGUGGGACGUUGCCACAGGCCAGGUCACACGCAAGCUCAGAGGUCACGCUGGGAAAGUCAACUGUGUCCAGUUCAACGAGGAGGCAACUGUCAUCUUGUCUGGGUCCAUAGAUGGAACAGUUCGGUGCUGGGACACCAGGUCCAGAAGAUUUGAGCCCAUCCAGGUUCUAGACGAGGCUCGGGACGGCAUCAGCAGCAUCAAAGUGGCACAACACGAGCUGCUUACCGGGUCAGUGGAUGGCAGAGUGCGGCGCUACGACCUGAGAAUGGGACAGCUGCAUGUUGACUUCAUCAGCAGUCCCAUCACGUGUGUGUGUUUCAGUCAGGACGGUCAGUGCACUCUGAGCUCCAGUCUGGAUUCAACAGUCAGACUGUUGGACAAGAGCACCGGAGAGAUGCUGGGAGAGUACAAAGGGCACAAGAUGAAGGGCUAUAAGCUGGACUGCUGCCUGUCCAGUAAAGACACUCACGUCCUGAGCUGCUCAGAGGACGGACACGUCUACUGCUGGGACCUGGUGGAAGGAUCUUUGUCCUUGAAACUGCCAGUGGGGAAAGCUGUCGUCCAGUCACUGUCCUUCCACCCCACAGAGACCUGCCUCCUCACAGCCAUGGAGGGACGUGUCCAGGUGUGGGGGGCAGAGCCAGAGGAGACAGAGGAGGAUACGGUGGCCACAUAGAGAUGGUUUGGUACUGGAAUAAUCAAUAAAUCUUUUAACAAUGUGAGCAGCACUUCUGUGUAAACCUUUAAAUGGCCGUUGGUCAGAAGUGAGCAACAUAGACGAACCGCUGUCAUCCAGUACAGCUGACUUCUUAGACAGAUUAUCAGUCUGUGUUUAUGGCUGUUGGCUUUACAAAUAUCUAGCUCUCUAGAGAGGAAAGCAAAUGCCAACUAACACAAAUACAGAGACACAAAAAUGUUGUUAAACUGUGGUUAACAGAUGUACAAAGUAUCUCACCUGGGUUUGAAUCUCAUUGUAGUUCAUGAUUGAAUCAUAAGAUUUAACUAAAUGAUCUAGAAUGUUAAUUUUUGUAUGUGUGCAAAACAUAUUUUUGUAAAAACCUUUGAAUAAACAUUUCCUUGUGUACAUUA